AUUUUGAUCGGAUUGUGAGUCCUGUCUCUGUUGCACACUUCUCCCAGUACAAGCUCUCCAGGUUACUGCUUAAGCACCUUGAGAAACUCGAUUUCUGUACGAUGAACUCUGAAAAGUGUGAGCAUGUCUCUAUUGGUGAGAGGAAGAUCUUUAUGGGGCAUGAGUGCAUUGCAAUCAAUGAUGCUGAGCAUGGCGUCAGUGUAACAGCAUCUUUCCUUACUGAAGGGAAGUAUAUUAAGAGAGAUAUCCAGUGUCAUUUCCUUGUUGGUACAGAUGGUGCAGGAAGUACUGUCAGAAAGUCCUUAGGAAUUAACAUGAGAGGUGAAAAGGACUUACAAAAUCUUGUUAGUGUCCACUUCCAAAGCCAAGAGUUAGGGAAGUAUCUCAUCAAAGAAAGACCCGGCAUGCUGUUUUUCAUCUUUAAUAAAGAUGCUAUUGGUGUUCUUGUUGCCCAUGAUCUCAAGCAAGGGGAAUUUGUCCUGCAGGUACCAUUUUACCCACCUCAACAAAAGCUUGAGGACUUUAGUUGCGAGAUGUGUAAGAGAUUGAUCUUCAAAUUGAUCGGCCAAGAGCUUGCAGACGUCAAUGUGAUGGAUAUUAAGCCUUGGGUGAUGCAUGCUGAAGUAGCUGAGAAGUUCCUGUCUCGUAACAACAGGAUAAUCCUUGCUGGUGAUGCUGCUCAUCGAUUUCCUCCUGCUGGUGGUUUUGGGAUGAAUACUGGUAUUCAAGAUGCUCAAAAUCUUGCGUGGAAGUUAGCUUCUGUAAUCAAGGGUAUCUCACCAAUAUCAAUUCUUACCUCGUAUGAACUAGAACGUAGUCAGAUAGCCCAAUUUAAUACAGCACUUAGCGUCCAAAACUUUAAGGCGGCAAUGAGAGUUCCUGCUGCACUUGGUCUUGAUCCAACAAUAGCAAAUGCAGUACAUCGAGCUCUUAAUAACACGGUUGGUUCUGUUCUGCCAUCUGGACUUCAAAGGACUAUAUUAGAUGGAAUAUUCAGCAUUGGUCGUGCACAACUCUCAGAUUUUGUAUUGAAUGAAAAUAAUCCACUUGGAUCUGCAAGGCUAGCCAAAUUAAGACAGAUAUUUGAAGGAGGACAGAGCCUUCAGCUCCAGUUCCCUGCUGAGGAUCUUGGUUUCAGUUACCAAAAAGGAGCAUUGGUGUCUGAAGAUUUUAGUGGGUUGAAUGCGCAUGAAGCACCUUCAGGACGAAGAAGGGAUUAUAUUCCUUGCUCGGAACCUGGAUCAAGGCUCCCUCAUAUGAAUCUUAAACUGCUUUCUAACCCGUCAAGUAAGGAAAUAUUCUCUACUCUGGACCUUGUAUCUGGAGAUAAGGUUGAGUUUGUCCUUAUAAUAGCACCACUGGAGGAGUCCUACUAUCUAGCUCGAGCUGCUAUAGAGGUGGCGAACAAUUUUGAAGUGCCUUUAAAGGUUUGUGUAAUAUGGCCAAAAGAAAGUAUUAAUGGAACCGGAAGAAGUGAGGCUGCGUUGACUCCCUCUAAAUUUUUUGAAGUUGUGGAAGUGAAGAGCUCAUCAGAUUCGCCAUCCUGGUGGGACAUCUGUCAGAUGACGGACAGAGGAGCCAUUUUAGUGAGACCUGAUGAGCAUAUUGCUUGGCGUAUAAAAUCCAGAAUUGCAGAUCCUAUCAUGGAGAUGGAAAAAGUUCUCCACAUUGUUACAGGAGUUGAUUGCAUUUGAUAGCACCUUUCAGUGAAACUUUUACCCCGUAAAUCUAUGGUAGGCCUGGCGUUAGUACUUUGCUUUUGGAUAGACAGUUACCCCGUACCUAUGCUGGUGAGAGGCAGUAGAUACAGAAAUGGUUUUCGGAGUUUAGUUGGAGGCGGCUUGUACAUACACAACUGCAGUUAGGUAUGAGCUCAGUUAUUUAAACAUAUCCGGUGCAAAUAAAAUCCCAGAACACCUCAAAAUUGUAUUGUUAUUUAUUAAACUUGCUUUCUAUUUCUGUUUCUCUUUUGUAUGUUUCUACAUAAAGCUAAUGUUAAACUUUGAUGAAUUUUCCUUUUUC